CUCAUUUUACUCCCAGCGUAAGGUUAAGUCGACCUUUGAUCUUGAACACUUGCUGAUUUGGCCGUAAUUUAUUACCUUUUGGUAUUAUAGUACCCCGACCACAAGAUUCUUUACCAUUGAGAUUUUAGUGUGUUUUCAGAUAAUAGCUUUGAAUAACAAUAAAAGGGGAGUUGAAAUCUUUUUAAUUUUUAUAAAUCAUUCACUUAAAUUGGGUUGGAUUUACCAAUUAAAUUUUAACGAUCUUAAUUAAGAUUAUUAAGUGAUUUGCUUGCUUGCUUUGUUGUACAAAUAGUUUGGUGAAUUAGUUCAAAUUUUUAUCUUGCUGAGUGCGGUGUAAUUGAUCUUAAAGACAAUAAGUGAUCACGUGACUAAUAUUUAAUAAUGGAACAACAUCUCGAGGAUAGCUCACCGUCAGCUGUGGGGGAUGGAAUUGUUACCCAGCCUUCUCGACAGGAUGUCGAGGAGUCUGUAACCAUUUUGAAUUACCGGGACGGGGAGGUGGAAUUUGGCGGGCUGCACCCAUUAAGAGAAACAGGCCCCCCAGACGAUACCACUCUGUCCUGGGACAAGGUCACGACAACCACUAGUGAGGGGGAUACGGGGGAACGCAUAAACCCUAGGCCCACUAUUGUGAAAACGGAAUUGAAUGUUGAUGAUAAAUCUUAUUUGCUCGAUAAGGAAAAUAUAAUGCCAGACGUUAAAACUGAUCCGGAUGACGCGGAAGAAACUCAAAAGGCUAGCGGUAGCGAUAACGGUGCUCGUGCACAGGGUAACCGUUCCCGUUCUGCUCCCUUUGGAAAAUGGCAUCUUCCUCCCCCGUUGCAAAGGCAGGAGGAAUUUACCAUUUUCUCUGAUAAUGAUCAGGCAGCAAAAUUAUUUAAUGAUGACCUGAAUAGGCGUACAUCCACGCCCGCUCGGACAUCAAUGACAAUGCCUGUGAAAAAUCCUGUAAACCGCGUAUCUACGCCUAUGCCAUCGCGCACGGAGAACCAUCAUGUGGGAAUUGGGGCGAUUAAUAAGAGGCCUUUGUUAUCGUCUCAAAUUAGUAUUCCUAAGUCUGGUGGACAUAUUGCAGAGCCAGAAUUAUCAUCUAACGUUACACGGAAGCCCAUCUUUAAUCAGGGGGUUGGGUUAUCCAAAAAUCAUGUACAAUUUUCAGAUUCCGUAUUUCACCAGAGUAGUAUAGCAAGGGCAAAUGGGUCCAACUCCACCGGAAGUGGAAUGGGUGGACAUGGGUUGAGGGUGCCCCCUAACACCCCUUGCAGUGGUAAUUAUGGAAAGGACCUUGAGGAUAGUGACUUUGUUGACCCAUCAAUUAAUAUCACUAACCGCGAUGUAUCGGGUUACCAGGGGAAAAGUGAGGGUGUUUUUGAGUCCGGUUCUAAUAGAUAUAAUGAUUCAGGCUAUUCCGAUGGAAUUGAUAGCUCGGGUAGCAAUAAUUUUUCGUGA